GUGAAGGCCUGCGAGUCGUAUUUGACAUGGCGGAGCAAUGAUGUCGGCAGUGGUGUACGUGUGGCUAUUUCUUACAAUUUCUUCGGGUUUUGGCAACAAGCUCAGCCCACCUGAAGAUGCCAACCUGACUGCCUUUGCUGACCACGAACCGUUGGAGUACAGGUGUGCAUGCCUUCCAAAGGACGAUGAGCAGUGUGACCAAAAGGGUCACUGUUUGACAGUGAAGGGGGCGGGGUGUUUCACCAGCAGAAAGCAGAGGAAUGGGGUAGUGAUCAUAUCACAAGGCUGUGCAAGGAACGAAGAGAACCAGAACAUGAACUGCCAGGGUCGACGGCGACAGGGUUGGCAGAUGGAGGGCGUUAUUGCUGUCUCCUGCUGCGUUGGUGACCUUUGUAACUACCCUAUACCCACCUUCUCACCACACGAGUUUAAGAGAAACGAUCCUGUUGUCAACAAGGAAGAUGAAAGCAGUUUCCAUUUUGAAUUGUUCCUGGCUAUCGGAGUUCCUAUUGUCAUCCUUAUUGUGGCUUUGCUGGGGGUCUGGCUCUUCCUCAGACACAUCCGUAAGCGGCGCAGGGAGAUCCACGAGAACUUGCGUGUCCGGGAGGAACUUCUGCCUGAAGAAUAUGGAGGCAUUCGUGCAACGCAAGUAGGGGAUAGUACCCUGAAGGAGGUAUAUGAUCAGUCAUGCACGUCAGGUAGUGGUUCCGGUCUGCCGUUCCUUGUACAACUGACAGUGGCACGACAAGUCACCCUGGUGGAAUGUAUUGGAAAGGGACGAUAUGGAGAAGUUUGGAGGGGGCGUUACCAUGACGAGAACGUAGCUGUGAAAAUAUUCCUGUCACGUGACGAAGCCAGUUGGUCGAGGGAAACAGAGAUCUAUAACACUUGUCUGUUGCGACAUGAUAACAUCCUAGGAUACUACGCGUCAGACAUGACAAGUCGGAACUCGUGUACUCAGCUCUGGUUGAUAAUGCACUACCACGAACACGGCUCUCUAUACGACUAUCUCCAACGUACUGUCUUAGACCAUGAGUCCAUGCUGCUGCUGAUGCAUUCGGCUUCCUCUGGACUUGUCCAUCUCCACACAGAGAUCAUCGGUAACCAGGGGAAACCUGCCAUUGCUCACCGUGACAUUAAAUCAAAAAAUAUUCUUGUGAAAAAUGAUGGCACAUGUUGUAUUGGGGACCUGGGACUAGCUGUAACUCACUCACAGGAGAAUAACAAAAUAGAUCUGGGACGGAACAAUAAAGUAGGGACAAAGCGUUACAUGGCACCAGAAUUACUGGAGGAGACAUUAAAUCCGUAUUUCUUUGACUCCUUUAAAGCAGUGGAUGUUUAUGCAUUUGGUUUAGUGCUAUGGGAGGUGGCUCGACGCUGUACCAUUGGGGGUAUAACAGAGGAGUACAAGCCUCCCUUUUGGGAUGUGGUUCCUUCAGAUCCAUCGUUUGAGGAUAUGAGGAAAGUGGUCGCCGUGGAUACACAGAGGCCAAUGGUACCAAACAGAUGGACAUCUGAUCCGAUUAUGCUGCAGCUUUCCAGGCUCAUUCAGGAAUGCUGGGCACAGAAUCCCAAGGCUAGACAUCCAACAUUACGAGUGAAAAAAUCUCUAGCUAAUCUAAUGGGCAGAUCCAAGAAAGAGCUUCUGCAGAAGAUAGAGGACUGUAAAGAGUGCAAUAACUGCUGACAUCACUCAUGAUGUCAUCAUUUUAUGUGCACUUUUAUUUUACAUCAUCAGUUCAGGUGAUGUGUAUCCUGUGAUGUGAACAGCAACUGCAUCAUGUGUACAUAAACCAUUAACAUCUCCAUCAUUAUUUAUAUCAGUGCUUCUUCAUGACAACAUGGUUUCUUCUCAAAGAGGAUUGUCAUGACUGUGGAUAGAGUACAACGAUCAUAGUUGUCUUUACAGAGGUGUUAACAAAAUAUGACAUACUCUUUGAUGAUUGCACAUGGUACUCUAAAGCACUGCUGAAAAAAGAGCAAGUCAUUGUCUAUAUAUAUAAGAGAAUGAAACUUUGAUGUGUGAGAUCAUCACUUCUUGUGAUCUGCUUUGGACCAUAACUGAUGACAUCAGAUUUUGUGUUCAGAACUUUAACAGACACCAAGUCCUAUGUUCUGGUCUUGUGAUAGCAGAGUAACAAGAUAAGUGAUCACAUCAUCAGAUGACGUGUUCUUUAAGAGGCAAGUGAGGUACAGCUGUUCAUGGCUGAAAUGUACAGGAUCAAGUCUGCUCAAAGAUCAUUUGUUGAACAAAGUUAAAGACAGAAAGAUGCUUGUGCGUGUAUCAGAAUCAGUGAUUUGGUACA